UCCGCAUUAGCGAGGUCACGCGAUAUUUAUAGUAGGGACGAUCAACAUGGCCGAAAUGAGUCAGUACUUCCGUGUUCCGCUGAUAUGUGUUUUUGUGGUAUUUAGUGCAUUUUACAAAUCGAGUGACAGCGUACAGUUUCCCCCAGUGGUCGUUGACAGUACAGGUGCGGAGCCACGAGGUCAUUUGCGGCCGUUUGGUCACCAAAGAGAACCAGAUGCAAAGAUUGUGGAGUACGAACGUGGAAUACAUCCCAAAGACUUCUGGGAAAACCAUGUAAGCAAAAGUCGCCCUCUGGUGUUCAGAGGUGGAGCAAUAGGGUCUCUGGGCGUGAAACUGUGGAGCGACGAAUAUCUUAAUAGAACGUAUGGCGACUUAGAUGUGAUAAUUGAGCGGAAAGUUGAGAGGCGCCCUCAAAUCAAGAUGCGAAUGACAUUCUCUAAAUUUCUCGAAAAUUACGAAGAAAGAAGCUGGUACGUGGUUUCAUUGUUACCUGACGAAAUGCGACAUGAAGUCGAGGCACAACAGUGUUUGAUGUGCGGAAAUUUUCAAAAAAAUCUUCAGGAAUUAAAUUUUUGGAUGAGUAGCGGCGGCACUGCGUCUAUCAUUCAUUUCGACGCAGACCAUAAUAUUCACUGCUUGCUAGCCGGCAGAAAAGACUUCAUAAUGAUCGACCCUGUUUAUAACGAGUACCUAAAUUUGUACAAGCCAGAAGAAGCAGGCUCAGCGUACACGUCAAUCAACGUAGAUGCCGUUGACAUGGUAAAAUUUCCUGAAAUACGGAAAGUUCAAUGGACCUGGACAACUCUCCUCCCAGGUGACUGCAUCUUUAUCCCUGGCAAGUACGUGCACCAAGUGAGAUCGUAUGGACGUAGCAUCUCGACGACGACGCUGUUUACAACUCACGGUGUGUACAACGAUACAGAUUGUGAAGGAUUCUCCCCCAAAUAUGCAACCAUGGCCGACAUGGACAUAUUCUGGACUUAUCACAAAGGACAAAAGACGGUGGAUAUUGGCUAUGGUGACGUCAUCCUGUUUCGGCAAGAAUUAUUGGAGAGAGCCGUAGGCAUUUCAAAACACUCAGAAUUCUUUGAAAAUAUCUAUGAGAGUUUUGCUGACGGUUUUGAUGAAAUCGCUUCAAGGGAUGAACUGUGGAAUAUUUUAGAUAAACAUAAAAGAGGUUUUCUGACUGAGAAAGAUAUACUAGAUUUGGAUGACGAAUCUCUCAAGACGUUUUUUCGUAAAGCAGUCCCACCCGCUGGCCCGCUACAAGAAUUCAUAAUCAGCGACGAGAUCCACGAAAAAUAUUUGCAAGAAAAUGACGUCGAGAGUGGAAUUCUUGAACUUAAAGAGGAAGCAAAGAAGAGAGAAAAGAGUAAGCUGAAGAUGCAGACAGUGAGCGACGAUGAUUCUAAAGAUGAACUUUGA